GAAGUCGCGCGCGCGUCAGGGUCAGAAGACAACAAAAGUUCAUAAUGUCCGGCAGAGGAAACGAAAUUGAAUACGAUUUUAAGAGCAAUUCAUCCAGAUCAAAAGACAAAGACGAGGGGGUAAAAAAUGGACGCAUUCUGUGCUACGUUUGCGGUGGGAACGGAGCGAACUGGUCGCUCUUUUCCAAAGCAAUCGAAGAUGAAAAGUCUCCCCAUUUUCCAUUUUUGCAAACUAUCGAUAAGGCGGAAGGAGCUCAAGCUAUGAGGUCAAAUGGUCGUAUUGACGCUUGUACAGUUUGCUUUUCGUUUCUCGUCCAGCAAUGGCAUUCGUAUGAGGAAAAUGAUACUCCUGUUUCAAAGCGGACGUACUGGUUGAAACGAUCAGGCGCUGUAAACAACGAUACGCUGAGUUCGAACGAGGAAAAGGUGGCCGUUGAUGAUGCUUAUAAUUCAGCAGGGAAAAGCCACGAGAUUGUUGAAUACGACAAUUCCGAAUGUGUGGAUGUUGCUAAAGGUAUGGAGAACAAUUGUUUGGAUUUAAGUAGUUUGGAUGAGAACAAACGUGGAAUUGAUCACGAGCCCUCUAGAGCUGAGCUUUUGUCAACAAUGAAAAGUGAAAACAAUAAAAAGCAAGCAAAGGAGAGCAAAGGUGCAAAACGUUCACACGAGGGAAGUGAUUCAACAGACAGAGGGGAGACAUGCUGUUCAUGUGGAGUGAAUGGUGAAAAUGUAUCCUUAAAGACAGCCCACACAAAACCUCAACUGAAAAUGGAAACUCCUUUCUAUCCUUUUCUUUCACAACGCUCCAACAAUGUUGAUUUUAUGGGAAGAGUUGCAGUUUGUAAGAAUUGUCAAAUUCAUUUAUUGAAACAAUGGGAGAGGUAUGAGAAAGAGCGUAGGCCCUUGUCUGAACGAUAUUACACAUUACGUUCAGCUGCUGAUACUCAAAAAGAGUCAAAUCUGAUCAUUUGUUUUGUUUGUGGUGAAAAGCAUCCUGAAUCGUCAAGUCGUGAUGUAAGAGCCACAAAGGGAAAACAAGGAGUACCCUAUUUUCCCUCCUUGUUAAGGCGCUUGCCUGCCGCAGGUGCAUCAGAGGUUUCUGAAGCAGGUGUGUGUAAGGUGUGUGAGUCAUGUCAGGAGUCGUUAACAAAUCAGUGGAAUUCACUUGAUGACUCAGAGUUGGGUGCACAAAGGGCACAUUCAAUUGAUAAACAACAUGCAAUCGAUAGAAGAAAUGAUGUUGAGCCAGGUUCACCAAACAGGAAUAUGUACCUAUGCUCCGUGUGCAAAAAACUGAAGCCCAAAGACCAAAUUGAUUGUGUUUACGAAAAGGAGGAACACGCCAUGGUAUCAUCCAAGAUGAACCAUAGUGGAAGAAGUCUUGUUUGCUAUGACUGUAAGACAAUGGUCAAACAAAGUAUGCGGCCAUCAAUCUCUCAUGUCAAACCUAUAGAGUCCAUCCAAAGGCUGAGUGACGACGCAUCUGUGACAAGAAAAUCUGAAAAGAGUGACAGUAAUCCCAACAAACAUAUUGUUCCCCAACACAAAAGUUUACACUUUGAAACCUGCUUUCUUUGUGGUGAAAAAGUGACAGCAAUGAAUCUGGAGUAUUUGUAUGUGUUUCCACAUCAAUAUGUCAACGGUAUCAGACCAUUCUUCCCAUCACUAGCGUACCGGGUGCCUGCCUACCAUGCCAAGCCACCUUCAACAUCAGGAACUGUAAUAACCUGUACGUAUUGCCAUGGCAACAUGAUCAGCCAAUGGUACGAGUGCGAAAAGCAUGAGCAACAUGGGAUCUCAAAUCCCUGGGUCCGGCAAUAUGUCUUCAACCAGUUCACAUGCUAUCUUUGUAGCAAGAUAUUUUCUCGGCAAAAGGUAACAACUGUAGCCUCAAGCGAUUUUCCAUUUCUGGCUCAAGUGCGAAGACCUCAAGGGGGAUUUAGAAUUAACAAUCAAAAAGAUUAUGUUGUGUGCCAUCAUUGCAAGGAGAUCUUACACAUUCAGAAAGAAAACUUUGAUAAAUGCAACGUUGAAGUCAGUGAGCGCGAUUAUGAACUACCUAUGGUGGAACGCAAUUCUAAGUUGGGAGACAAGAGAAAAACGUCAGAGAGUCAAUCAGAAAGCAGCCACCCUGCUGUUGUUGUUAUUGGUGACAGCGAGCCAGAAGGAGAGGACGGAGAGGUCUGGAAUAGAGAAGAAAGAACAAGUGUGUCAAACGUGGUGACGUCAUCCAGAGCACUCACAAACACCGGAGGUUUACUCGAGAAGGUCACACAGGCAUCGAGUGUUUCUAUGAGUUCACCCACUUCUGGGGGACAAAAUUCGAGUUUUGCUGCAGCUCUCAGAAAACUUGCCAAACAAGCCAUGUCCCCUGGUUCUCAGUCUCCUGUCAGUGUUUUACCACCUCCUAGUAAUUCUACCAUGUCACCAGUGAAAAAUAAUGGUUGUGAAAGUCCAAAAAUAAAUGGAACACCGACGAUUUGCAAGAAAGAAAUCACAGAUUCCGCCUACUUGAGCAGUAAGGAAAAUCGUAUUCAUCCUAAUCUGCCUUCAUCGUCUGAUAUUCCUGGAAUUUCUGGUCAUCAAAUUGUUCCGGGAGUGUUUUCAUUGGGGCAGCGAGGUUACGAGGGGAAGCCUGGUGUUAUUGAUGAACUGCAUGGUGCUCCAGGGCGUGUCCAGGAUAUCCCCAGGGUUAGGGCAGUACACCCACCUCCCCAACCCUACUACAUGCCAUUCCUCCAGAGACCAACGAUGCCAGACUCAAUGUAUUUACCGUUUCCUUAUUACCCGCCUACGAUGAUGGAACCGCCUGGUCUUCUGCCUCCUCCGGGAUUUGAUCACGAGGCAUGGCGUAAGCGCAGAGCCCUCGAACACAUGCGUCAGCAGCAUGAACGUCAUGCGCAGUUCCUAUCACCUCACGAAAGACCGCUGUAUAUAAUGGAGCAAGAUCAUUUCAAGCCAUUGUCGGUCCAGGCUUCCAUGAGUCAACGACAAUACCCCGGGGACCUGCCUCUGAGGGGAGAAAAGACCCUAGGAAAGAGUAGUCCAAGACUGGAAGCAAGCACGUCAUCAGAUCCAAGGACAACGGCUUCGACCAUGCCAAAAGAAAUGACGAAAACGUCAGAAGCUCUGGGUACUAGAAGUCCAUCACGUGUUGAACAACUUCCGGUGUCGUCAUCAUUUCUACGUCAGUCCGGGAGCAGCACAACACCCGUGAUCAUAAGCAACCCGCAUAGUCCUGUCAAUCAUCAAACGUCUCUGAGUUCUCCUUCAAGAGAUGUUCCCACUCAUAAUGAUCGAGAAGGCGAAAAUAUGAAAGACGGAAAGCAGAGGGAACAUCAGAUAUUGUGGACACGGAGAAUGUUCGAACAAAAACGACGGUUGAGACAAGAAGAAAUUGAGUGGCAACAUCGACAACAACAAGUCAGACAACAGAAGCGCGAAGUUCAACAAGAGUUAUUCCAGUUUCGACAAAAAUUACUUCAACAAAAAGAACUUGAAAAGGACGACUCUUCAAAGAAGGAACAAGAAAGGGGGGAGCCGAAAGAUGAUGCACACGAGAAGGAGAGGGGUAGAGAUGGACAUCUGGUGUCACCUGAGAACAAGAUGGGAUUAUCACAGUAUGGUUAUAAUCCUAUGUAUCAUGAUUCCCCUCUGGCUCCACAACCUAUGACGAUGUCAAGUAUGUUUCCUCCCCCACGGCUGCCACACCACGAGAUGUUUUACCCUCCGGGCUAUUUACCCCAGGCAUCUUUACCCCCUCGAAUGGACACUCGUAUGUAUAAGGAAUAUCUGCAACAGCCAACGCAUUUCAUGCACGAUAACAAAUCUGUCAGCGAAUGGUUGGAGAAACAAAGACACCCAGAUGGAAAAGAUCGACUUUCAUCGAACGCAAUGUUUAUAAAUGGUGAAAUUAGCAAAGAUGCAGAGAAACACAGACAUGAGCCCCAGAAAUUAAAGUUUAUGAAUGAUCUCGGCUUGAUGACAGUCUCUGAUAAACAAGAACGACCUCAGAAGAUUUUUGUCGGUGGCAAACGGAAGUUUCCGGAAGAUACGAUACAGGACGAGAGCAACAAAGAAAAUCGAGUUGAAAAUGGCGAUGUUAGCGCGGACACUGGGAUGAAGAAAGCCAAUGUUAGCGAUGAAGACGCCAAGAACGCAACACAUAGCAAGCAAGUCGAGUUUUUAUCAAAUUUGGGGUUGGUUACUCAUCGCAAACGACAAGAACUUGAAGAUGAUUUUGAGAAGAACCGGUGGGAAAGACGACAUCAAAGAUUGCAGAAGAAAAGCAAGAAAGGGAAAAAAGAGAAAAAAGAAGAGAAGAACCGGAGCAGGACACCGCUUGAUUUGGACGUGAGUGGACCAAUGACGAGGCAGAAACAACAACUAUUACAAGAAUAUGGUUUGUUGUUACCAAUCAAAGAUGCUAUGGAAAAAGAAUCAUCCUCCUCCCCGGAUAGCUCGGCUACUGCUGAUAGAGACAGUGUUAAAAGCAAGGACAGCCCGGGGGGACAGGCGAAGAAAUCAAAGAAGUCAGAAAGCCCAGCAAAGGACGAGACAUUUCGUAAUUCAUACGAUGUUAGUACUCCACCCCCCCGGCUAACGGCAACCUCGACCGCGCUCUCUUCAGGUCCUCAACUGACGCUACAAUCUCUGACUCACAUGGAGAACCCGUACCGUACAUUUCCCUCCGCCUUUCACCCGCCAUUUUACCCGUCCAGUUUGUUAUCGGUACAUCAGGACCCUACGGGAAAAGACCCUCGCAUUAGCACCGAGUUUAGCGCGCCUUCCCGAACUGGGAGUAAAAGUUACUCGGCGAUAGUACCCGGAAACAUUGGCGUGUAUCGAGGGAAUGGCGCCGAGACACGGCCCAGUUGGACGCUAACAGAGGAACCUUUGAAGUGGCCUGGGACGAGUAAAGUCAUCCAAUCGUAUUUAGCCUAUCACCAAGAACAAGAAAACGAAUUAAACAUUUCAAAAGAAAAAGAUGAAAAAUUAAGACUUCAAAAUUCCACUUUAAGUCGGAAAAGUGAAAGGCUGAACUCCGCAUAUUCGAACCUUUUGAUGUCGAAAGAAAAGUUAGAGGCCGACCAACAGGCUCUGAACGGUAAACUCCAGCGACUUCGAAAUUUCGUGUUUUUUGUUCAAAAUAGAUGAUGCAAAAUUAGAAGAUAUUAUUGAAAAGAUUUAUAAAAAGUGUUUUAAAUAUUGUUCCCAUCACAGCGCGAGUUAUAUAUAUAUAUAUAGUUAGUGUAAAUAUAGAUAUUUCUAUUACAUAAUAUAUUGAAACAGUUUUGAGAGUGUAAUUUCUGGACGUUGGUCAAAAAUUAUAAACGUUAUCGAGCUUCUUUGUUGAGUUUUGGUCUAGAAUUCACAAGACCAGGGCGAAGAAAUAACAGAAUAUAACGUCAUUUACGCGAGAGCAUUCAUUCAUUCAUAACAGCUGCAUGGUCAGACCUAUCGAAUGUUUAAAAAAACGCUCUCUUCUACCUUGGUUUGGUCCAGGAUUCAUAAAAAGUUUAUAUAUAAGUUGAAAAGAGAAAAGCUGUGAUUUGGAACAGAACCUAAAGAUAGUGUCUAUAUAUAAUAUAUUUUAUUGGUAUGAGCAUUCUUGUGUUCAUAUUCACAAAAGAAAAUAUCUAUAGUGUGUGAAAUCCGCUUAAAUCUAACGUUGUGAAAAAUUAUCAGCUGUAAAUAGUAUUUAUUAUAGAUAAAAUAUGUGAUCAGUAUUUAUGUGAAAUGUAGUCUUAAAGACGUGAAUUAAA